AUGGCCCAAGCAGGAUUCUUUUUCGCGUCCCUUGUUCUUCUGGUAUCCACAACGAUCCAGGUAACUUCUGCCCAUGAGUUAGCGGCGUCAGAAGGCUCCUGCUCCAGACAGUUCAGCAGUGAUGUGAACAUUACCGUGGUGGCAGGGCCAGGGCAGGACGGCCAGAAAGGGGACAUGGGUCCGAGAGGUCACAAAGGUGUUCCAGGUAACAGGGGCGUGACAGGUGAUCCAGGAGAGCAGGGACCUGCCGGACCUAUAGGUGAGAAGGGAGGCACAGGUGAGCGGGGACCGGCAGGUGAGACGGGCUCACCUGGCGUCAGCCGGCCUGAACCAACUCUCGUGGCGUUUUCCGUGGCGAGAACCACGGACCUGCAGACGUCCUGGUCAGCCACGGUGGUGACGUAUGAUGACGUGCUUAGCAACGUGGGCGAGGCUUACGACAUGGCAACGGGGAAGUUCGUCACCAAAGUGAGCGGGGUGUAUUUCUUCACCUUCACCGCCAUGACGAGGCAGGAGUACCUCAUGCAUCUGAAGAAGAACGGGGACACCAUGGUCUCGACGCGCGAAAAGUACACAUACGACAAUGAAGGCGAGAACAUGUCCAGUAGUAUCAGCGCCAUCCUGCAGCUGCGCAGAGGGGACCGGGUGUGGGUGGAGCUGUUCCCCGGUCGGUACAGUCUGUCCAAUAAUGGCAACCGGUUCAACACGUUUUCCGGAUUCCUCAUCAGCCAACUCUAACUGGAACACAUCUGGUACAUCAUUCUGGAUUUCUAAUCAGCCAACUCUAACUAGAAACUUUAUCUGGAAUAUCAACCGAUACAACACGUGUUCCGGGUUUCUCACCAACCAACUCUAAAUAGAACAACAAACGGUACAACACGUUUCCGGAUUUCUUAUUAGCCAAAUCUAACUGGAACAGCAAGCGGUGAAGCACGUUUUCUGGAUUCCUCAUCAGCCAACUCUAACUGGAACACAUCUGGUACAUCAUUCUGGAUUUCUAAUCAGCCAACUCUAACUAGAAACUUUAUCUGGAAUAUCAACCGAUACAACACGUGUUCCGGGUUUCUCACCAACCAACUCUAAAUGGAACAGCAACCGGUACAAUACGUUUUCCGGAUUUCUUAUUAGCCAACUCUAACUGGAAGAACAAACGGUACAUCAAUCCGGAUUAUUUCUCAUCAGCGAUAUCUAACUGGAACAGCAAACGGUACAUCAAUCCGGAUUUCUCAUCAGCGAUAUCUAACUGGAACAGCAAACGGUACAUCAAUCCGGAUUUCUCAUUAGCGAUAUCUAACUGGAAUAGUAACCGGUACAGCGCGUUUUCCGGAUUCCUCAUCAGCCAAUUGGAAA